AUGUGGAGAGCAGCACAGGUGGAGCGAAGUCUCCUGCUCCAAGCUGUGCUUGCUUGGGUUGUUAGAGGUUCCAAAGAUGUUGGCUGUGACCACAUCAUGGGCACCAGCGGGCAGUCGUACAGGUGGGCUUUACAGAAUCCUCAGCUUGUUGCCCCUGUACUCUUGGACUACGAUGUCUUGGAGUAUAAGAGUCCGCUGAUGGCAAGUUUGACAGACACUGCGCUGAUAGUCUCAGCUGCUGCAGACAUGACAGCAAACUUCAAUUUGACCUCUUCGUCUUCAGCUGGGUCAGCUUCGUCUGCCCCGCAGAAAUACAUAUUGCAGACAAUCCAAUUCCGAAAGCCUCCCUUGGUUGCUGAAGGGACCAAACAAGAGUUGAGCCAUGAGCUGGAGGCAGUGCUCGUGCAUCGAGAGGUGACCGGUUCCGGCUACUUUGCAAACAUCAUUGUGCCGAUUGAGGUUAGUGCUGAGCCAUCCCUUGACCUUUUGGCGCCUUUGCUAGAUUCAGCUGAGCUCCCGCAACAGGUUGGCGAAGUCUCACCUGUGUUGGUGAGCUCCCUUCCUGUGAAGUUGGCGCACAUUUUUGCCAACGUCUCUUUUCAGCACUUCUGGGGAGAAGUGACAACCUCUUGCAAUUCGGCUUCUGCUGGAGCACGGAUUCUGAUGAGAAACGUGACUAUGGCGACCUCGAAAUCACGGUUGCAGCGAGUUCUGAAUCUGCUGAAGUAUGUGCCAGACAAACCACCGACACCUCCUCCCGUGCAGACCUGGCUUGUACAGCCAUGCCGGAGGGGAAGCAUCUGCUCUAUUCCUGCAGCUACAGAUCUGAGCCCACAGCUUGCAGAAGCACAGGCAGCAGUGACAAAUGGCACGACGAAGCUGGACGCAGCAAAGCAGGCAAUGGAUGCAUCCCUUUCAGCGCUGACUGGGAACGAGACUCAAAUUUCCAACGAUGUUUACACCACCGCAAUCCGGAAUAGAGACAACCUUCGGAAUGCGCAAGCUGCUGUAGACGGGGCUACUCGGACUGUGGACAUGUUGCAAGCUCAAAUCAGCAGUGCUGCCUCUGCAGUUUGGGAUUCCGAUGCUCCGGCACAGACAGCACAGACAGCACAGGCAGCACAGGCGGUAUCCUCAUCAAGUAGCAACAGCAGUGCUGCUACUGCAGGAGCAACAGCAGCAACAAAUUCGACAAACGCUACCAAUUCAACGACUUCUGGAGCAUCAGCAGUCCUUUUGGCAAGCAACUCUGAAGUGGACGGUUGCAAUGCAGAUCUUGCAUCCCCCGUUGAUGUGGACCUCUCGACAGCAGAACAUGUCGACGCGGGCCAAAUUGGUGACAAGGCAUCCGAAGCGCUUCUUUUUUGGCGCCUAGCUGCAACACCAGGACUACCAUCUGAAGCUGCUGCUGCAGAGAGUGCAGCGAUUGUCCCAAAACUUCGAAUUGAAAACUUGGGUGACCGGCUACGAAUCAAAUCCGAGAAGCCUUUGAUGGUUUUUUUGGCAGAGGGUUUGGAACUGCCUGUUUCCUUUGCUGAUAUCAGUGUGCCCGGUCAGCACUCUUUGGCUGGGAAAAGAGCAGCUGCAGAGGUGCAGCUAGUUCACAUGCCCGAUGAUCCGUCCAAAGCAGUAGCAGUGUCCUUGCAGAUGGACGCGGGCGAUACAGAGAACUCUUGGUUUCAACACAUGGGAGAUGCAUUGCCAAGGGCAGGUGAUGCGACAGAGGUGCAAGGGACUGAUCCCAUGACAAUGCACCCUGCAUUCUCACGAGGAGUGGCCGGCCAUUUCUUCCGAUACAAAGGUCGUCUUCUGAAGGACUCACGCUGUGCACGCAUCAGGUGGCACGUGCUCGAGGAGCGGGGCCACAUCAGCAACAGGCAGUUGGCAGCUUUGAGAGAAGUCCUGCGUCCUCCUGGAUCAAGCCAGAUGGAUCCCAGUGCACUCUCUCCGAUGCUGUUGCGCAGCCAGCGGAAAGUGUCCCUCGCAUCGGUGCGUUCACAUACUCAGAAAGCUUCAUCCCCCGACAGCGAGCAAGACGCUGCAUACGACCGCCCUUCACCCAGUCUGAAAUCUCUGCUUCUCUCGCUGCCACGGCGAAGCUCCAGGGGACAGACCCUGUCACCAUAG